UAACUAUUGUUUGAAGUCUGCCAUACUUCUUUUAUUAGUUAUUAUAAUGUAUAUUUUUGUGCCUAUUAUCAAAGAAGUCUAAUUCAUGACGUAGUACAGCCAACCUCCUACAAUUGGGCACAACUUCCUGUGACGUAGUCGUUGUACAAUGGCGUAGUAGGAUGGUGUAUUUUUCACCCACGUUCCAGCGAGGCUCCCGGUUUUCCGCUUUGCUCCGUGAGCGGGAUUUGUGGUGCAGGCUGGCGGGAUUCAGACAUCGGAGCACCCAAACGGCUCACCAGCUUCCCGGAAUGGAGUACCAGGAUGCCAUUUGCACUUUGAACACACUGCAGACCAAUGCCAGUGCUCUGGAGCAGGUACGGCUAGAGAGAAACCAGCCUCAGCAGCAGCUGCAGGCCAUGGAAGGGUUUCUGGAGCGAGCCGGCCUCACAGUAGAAGAGCUGAAUCGUCUUAAUAUUAUUCAUGUCACUGGAACAAAAGGCAAGGGUUCAACAUGUGCAUUUACAGAGAAGAUUUUAAGAAGUUAUGGCUUUCGCACAGGAUUUUACAGUUCCCCCCAUUUAGUACAAGUCAGGGAGAGGAUCCGGAUCAACGGGCAGCCUAUUGGAAAAGAUAUCUUCACUAAAUACUUCUGGCAGAUUUAUGGACGUCUUGAAGAAUCUAAGCAAACCUAUGGGGGAACAAUGCCAGCAUACUUUCGUUUUCUCACCAUCUUGGCCUUCCAUGUCUUUCUCCAGGAGAAGGUUGAUGUGGCUGUGAUUGAGGUUGGGAUUGGUGGAGCAUAUGACUGCACCAACAUAAUACGAAAGCCCUGGGUGUGUGGGGUUUCCUCUCUGGGGAUAGACCAUACUCAGAUUCUUGGAGACACUAUUGAGAAGAUUGCAUGGCAGAAAGGAGGCAUCUUUAAGCCUGGGGUUCCUGCCUUUACCGUCAAACAGCCAGAGGGCGCCAUGGCCGUGCUGAGGGAUCGGGCUAAAGAGAUCAAAUGUCCUUUGUGGGUGUGCCCAGAUUUGGGUGACUACCAAACAGAUGGCACACCUUUCCAUCUGGGCUUGGCAGGAAAGCACCAACACUCUAAUGCAUCCCUGGCCCUUCAGCUGAGUAACAGCUGGCUGAAAAAGAGAUGUUCACCUGAUAAGAGCCUUCCUGCAGUCCACCGUGAGAGCAUCAAAGUACAUCAAGCCCCUUCAUUCAGGGUCAGCUCUGAGAUGGUGAUGGGGCUUGCAGACACAGAGUGGCCAGGAAGGAAUCAAACCCUGAAGAGUGGAAAGGUGGCUUACUUUUUGGAUGGAGCUCACACAGUUCGCAGUAUGCAAGCCUGUGUGGACUGGUUCCAAGUAACUGCAGCCCAGCAUGAGAGGAAUGCAAGUGGGCCGGUGACCAGAGUGCUGCUGUUCAACGCCACGGGGGACAGGGACUCUGCCGCCAUGCUGAAACUGUUAGUGCCUUGCCAUUUUGACUUUGCUGUGUUCUGCCCAAACAUCACUGAAGUCAUUGCCUCCUGCAGUGCUGACCAGCAGAACUUCAACGUGUCUGUGGAGAACAUGCUGACCCGCUGCAUGGACAAUGAGAGGAGCUGGCGCCUCCAUAACUGCGGUGGGGAUAAAGAAGGGGCUGAGCUGCUCAUCGAAGAACGCCUGCAGCCGGUCCCUGAGACACAAGUAGACACCUUAGUCUUCCCCUGUAUCCUCAGCGCCCUCCAGUGGAUCACUCAGGGCAGAGAUCCGGUUCUAGCAGACCCAGACAAACAAGUCUUAGCAGUUAAACCCAACAUUAGGGCCAAAGCUGCCAUUCUCCGUGAAGCAGCAGAAAUCCAUGUUCUCAUCACUGGAAGCCUCCACUUAGUGGGGGGAGUCCUAAAGCAUCUAAAUCCCAAAUAUUCCAAUUAAAAAAGCCCCUUAAGAACAGACUCUCCCUCUCUCUGUUUGUAUUUCACUUUGGGGUCUACGCAUAAAUGUUUCUAACUGUGACACCACUGAUGGCACUGGACUACACAAAAGCUCAUCCAAGUUUCACUCUGGAGUUUCAGUUAAACCGAAUUCAGCCUUAAGUGAUUUCAGCCAAUUCUUCUUUGUAUUUCAGUGCUUUAUGGAUAAAGGUGCUAAAGAAAUGUCAUCCGACGGGGCAGCAUUCACUGAAGCUGCAUGACAAGGACAUUUUUAAUCAUUUUGAAAUAAUUAACUAGAACCAUCUGAGUACAACUAAUUCACUUGAAGAGUGUCAAAUAUAUUUCUGGGUUGUGAUAAAUAAAUACAGUUUAGAAUA